CCUCUCAUCACUUCUCAUCCUCAUCCCUUCCUUCAGUCAAAGAAAGUCCUUGAUCCCCCCUUCUCAAAAUGGCCACUCGCUUCCUCACUCUCUGCCUCGCCACGGCCGUUGCCGCGGCCCCGGCUUUUGUCCCGAGAACCAUCAACGGCACCGCCUUCGACGUCGAGCGCGGCCUCCUCCCCGACGAAAUUCUCCUCUUCGGCGAGGACCACAUGGAGGUCGUCCACAAGGAUGCUUUCGCCGCCAUGCUGGCGACUGAGGGCGUGCUGCACCAGCCUCCCAGCGUUGACCACUCCCUCCUGGAUUUCGUGGCGCCCUCGGAGGAGGAGCUCAACAAGCUCGAGGCCCGCCAGGCCAGCUGCGGCACGACCACCGCCGUCAUCAUCGACAGAACCGACAGGUUCUACGACUGGGACCUCCAGAUGAGCCCCGUCGUCGUCACCGGCGCCAACCCCGCCACCAUCGCCCACUCCUCGACCUACACGGUCACCGACACCAUCACCGUCAACGGCGGCUUCAGCCCCACCAUCAUCACCGGCUACCUCACGGCCAACUUCGGCAUCUCCGGCUCCCGCUCCUGGUCCAGCGCCACGGCCAUCACUGUCACGGGCACCAUCUCAGCACGCCACACCGGCGUCAUGGUCACCAACCCCUUCAAGACCCGCCGCUACGGCCGCGUCAUGAGGGGCUGCCUUGGCCGCCAGACCCAGAUCGGCACCUUCAUGAGCGACGCCUACCAGGAGGGAAGCUUCGGCGGUGUCCGCUGGAUCACUGGUACCCUUUCCCACUGCGAGAAGCCCGGCGUGCACCGCCCCCUCACCCGCUGCAUGGGCUCCGGCGCCUUCAACUAAGGUGAUUGCGAACAUGGAGGCCCCUCGUUUGGGCCGAUGAGUGCAAGCAAACAUUCUUUCAGGCUUGGGGAUCAGGGGAACUUCUGGGAACCUUACUCCAGGGUGGGAGGAUGAAAGGAUGCAAAGUCCAAUCUGCUCGUGUCGUCGGACUCGCCAUCGGACGACUGUCUGGCUAGCUUUUGGGGACUCAAUAGUGUAUUGUAACUCUACUUGGCUUAAUAUAUCGUAAUUUGAGUUA